AUGGAUUUAUAUUACCUCAGAAUAAUUCAAUUUAUUCAACCAAAUUGCAACGGUUUAAUUUUGCUUCAAAAAAAGGAAAAACUUGAAAGAUACCUAGGCUUCAACUUUAACAAAAAAGGGAUUCAAACUCGACCAAAUAACAGAAAAAAAUCUAGCUCAAUUUGCAUCAUUCCAAUACUAUGGUUGGAGAAAGAAAGUGAAUAUAAAAAGAAAUGCAAAAAUGCAUGGGCACAACUUUUACCAACUCCUCGAAAAAAAGAUAUAGAAAAACCCGAAAAACAAAUCAAACCAUUAUAUAACUCAUCUGUCAAACUAAAGGAGAUAUACAGAGACUUAAUGGAUAAAAAACACAAAAACCAGUGA